GUUGAAAACUUUCACACUCAUUGUGUGAAUUCAGUCACUGCCUUUCACACGUAAAGCACUAGUUUUAGCUUACACAAAGUAUCGGUUAUAACUUUUGGAAAUUGAGUCUGGCGAGAAUGUUUUUUGUAAAGCAAAGGACCUUGGCGAUAGGAGGAAUACGACAUUUUCGUUUGGAUUUGCAGCAACUAAUACCAUGCUGGUCACAAGGACCUGAGAAAACCUCGGCCACAGUUCUCGGUUCGGAAAAUCCCAUUAAAAGACGAUAUGAUUGUGCCUAAUCCCUCCUCGAACAGGUCAGUGAUCCCAAAGAAUUGGCCAAACAGGUUAUUAAGUUGGCCAGAGAAUUGCGUAUGGAGCGCCAGAAAAAUAAAAUUCUUAUGCAAAGUGUUUUGGAUCUAAAGGAAUCUAAAUUGUUGGAGCAACGCAACAAAAAUUCUAAUGGCAGGUCUAAAUAAAAGGAAUAAUAUCUCAAUUCCUCAAUCCUUUAAUAUAAAAUUAUAUUUUAAUAUAUAAUUUGCGUAAUACCUCCAAUUUUGUAAAAAAAUGUAGUUCAAAUAAAAACACAUUUCU